AUGUAUUGUAAAGACGAUCCAAAGUUUUUGAAUGCGGGGAGGAAAGAGUCCAGGGCACCUCCGAUCACUUCGAGCGACGGGUGGGGGUUGACCAUUGUGUCGGCGAUGUCUGUGCUGACGUGGACGGCAGACUGCAGGGUCUUGGUUGAAGUGAGUGAUAUUGUCGGAUGGGAAGUGUGCGGACAGGGGAUACGUCGGACGUGGUUGAAGGAAGUGAGCGGUGAGGCGGAGCCUGAGAAGACUCUCACACUUCACCAUUUUUUUGGACUUUGGGGAUUUUGUCCAAACUCCAUACUACAGUGUAGGGAGACGAGGGAUACGUCGGACGUGGUUGAAGGAAGUGAGCGGUGA